AUGAGGACGACAGACCGACCGAACGGUUGGCUUGACGAAAUUCAAUCAUCUAUUUGCCGAAUCAUCUUCGCAGAGCAUUACGUUCGCGGUAUCCGAUUCGAGAAAGAUGAUACCAUCAGCCUUCUUCUCCAACUAAAUUGGGGAUAAACGGAGUACAACAUAACAAAACGUGCCAGGGUAAGAUAACCUAUCAACAAAGUAGGUAACAUGGCUGCAGCAAGUAAGUUGAAGAUGCCAGGGGCCACAACGCCUCGCUGCUAGACGGUCGACGAACGGCCGCCUGAGUAAAAUUAGCCCCAGUGACUUUGCUUCAUAAAUUGCCUCCAGAUGGGCCAGUCACCUAGCCAUUGACCAGUCAGUACGGAGUUUCGUCGCAUCUCAAAAUCGCUUCAGUGCUCUAACCCAAUGUUCGCAAUGGAUCUAUUGAUUGACUUUAUCAAGUUCACAUCAUUACACUGUCAGCCUCCAAUUAGCAAUAUCCGCCCGGCCGUAGGCAACCCAGCAGAUGCAUUUCCCGCGCCUGUUCGCGCACCGGUCGCAAGCAUGAUGCCAGACAUAGCGGGCGAGAUCGAGCGACCCCUGCCAAACAACUACUCUAUCACCGGUCAUCGCCGUGACGCUGAUGUCGAGACACUUUUCCAGCUGCGAAUCGAAGGGAAAGACGGACGACAAGCUUGGGUCCCUGAGAGCAUCAUUCAAAAGAAUUCAGAACUGGCCCUUUUCGCCUACUGGGACAGUGUCGCGGAUGGGCGUUUGGGCGCAAUGGCCCACAAAGACCUUUGGCAUCCGUUCAGGAUCGAGGGUCAUAGAAAGACUCACAGGGGUAGUCAGCUAUUGGUUUACUGGGUGGGGUCACCUGAGCGGUCUUGGCAAUACGAGAGAGUCAUUAGGAAGGCUGGUCCCAAGCUCGUUGAGGACUACUGGGUUACCAUACGGCAACAUCAGAAACAGGACCAAAAUAUCCUGUGUGCGAGAAAAUCAGCUCGUCGUCGACAAAGGAACCGUAAGAUGUGUCAGAACCAUGCAAGGUCAAACAGAAUAACCAAGAAGUAUGCGUACUCAAGGCAAUCGAGGCAGUUGACACAGGGCGGAUAAGCUUAUGCAAUCUCGUGGAGGAAACUGUGUUUCUUGCGUUCAUAAGCAGGAAGAACACCGCCAUAAGCUGGUAUCCAGGCACUGCACCAUUCCGAUAGCAAUGCUGCCAUCGCGGGUUUCUGAUUGCACCUGCCGCCUCAGUCGUAAUCACCACAGACUCUCUUCUAUGUUUACACCGUCACACUUAUGCCAAGCUUGGCAAGGUGACCAAGGCUUUCCGUGCAAGCGCUAGCGGCAUAUCUGUCCGCAUUCUAUGUAGUUGGUGGUUUAUCUCAUCACAAGUACGAUUAUACUGCUCAGCAUCAAAUCUAUUAGAGACAUGUGACGGCAAC